AUGGAGCUAACGCGAACGACUGUUCACUCAUUCCUUGACUUUUGGACCGGUCUCCUUGGUAUCAUCGCUUGCACUUUGGUUAUCUUCCUCUCUAUCACUCGGGUAAAGAACCGCGCGCUUCAAGUGUACUCGAUCAUGAUGGUCACUACGGCUUCUGUGGAGCUAGCGCAAGCGAUAACAACCGUAGCUACUUUUACAGUAGGUUUUAAAAGUUGAAGCACACGCUCUUGAUCCCACCUCUGCUUUCAUCAACCCUCCUAAUCUCUUUGUUUUAGACGGGCUGUUUCGGAAACAAGAUCGUAUUCAUGCUGGUGGACAAUCCCUGGUACCCCAAACAGCAAUCCAUGACAUACUUCGCAGUCGGGCUGCAGCUAUUCCUUAUGUUCUUGAGCGUUUCCAUGCUCCCGCUGCAGUUUGUCUACCGAUACGGGGUUAUGCGAGGGAAGCCGUUUACAAAAGUUCAGCUGCUUGGAAUGUUCUUCAUCUCCGUCUGCUUUGCCGGCCUUCAUGGUGGCCUAACACCGUUCACAUUCUUACCCGCCAGCCCGAAAUACGAUAUAGCGUUAAGAGAGGCAUUGGACGCCCCGCCGGAUCAGCCACUGCCAGGGUACUUGGUUGGUGAUGUGGUAAGUAAUUGCCGUAACCUUUUCUGUCGUAAAAUUCUUCGUUUACUCAUACCUGCAAAAAAUUGAACCUUUGUAUAGGUGAGCUUACAACGCCAUCUUUCUAUACGUCGAAAAUUGUAAUACACAUAAUGUUUCAAGCGAUCAUACAACCUUUCGUGUUAUACCGACUGUUUUUUACUUUUUAAUCAUUACAAAUUUUUUCAGCACGAAUUCAACGUCAUGGCGGCUCAUUUUGGAAAUGUUUUAGUAAUCAUGGCGAGCAGCUAUGCUGUCAUCAUAAUUAUGAUUAUUUUGUCGAAGAAUACGGUAACGUUGAAGUCGACUGAUUCCGUGUCCAAGCAAACACAGGCUGUCCAACGACAGGUCACCCAGAUUAUCUAUCUUCAAGUGAGUUUUAGGCAGGCCAUCUUUUUUCUAACUCUCCUUGCUUAAGUUCAACAACCUUUUCAAACAUUUCCAGGCCCUGUACCCGGUGAUCUUUGUUUGCCUCCCUUGCCUACUAUUCCCCAUCUAUGCCGUCCAAGGGAAAGCGGCGCCCUACGUCGCCGAAUGGGCCGUCUACUCCAUGCAUACGCCGCCAUUAAUCAACUCCUUGGCCGUCAUCAUGUGUGUGCCAAGCUAUCGGCAUUUCGUAUCGAAACCGUUCCGUUCCGAGAAAGUUGUCUCCACUUCCAAUUCUUAA